GAUAAAUUGAAGAAUGUCUAAAUCAAGUCUGAAGCCUGUGAGACAGGAUUAUAUUGCCAAGGUUCGUUAUGUAAAUACGUUACCACCUCCCCCAUUAAAUCCCAAGUAUUUAAAGGACAACACUACUGAACCAGUCAGUACAAAAGAAGAAUCAGAACAACUUUUAAGUUCAUUGUUUAGAAAGCAAAACUUUUUAAGUUACAUCGAGACAGUAGACGACGAAUAUGGAUUGAAUUUGAAUUUGAUCAAUAACCAUGGAUGCCUUAAUAAUGGAGACGAAUCCAGUAUUUUCAGCCUUGCAGCUAAGCGUGAAUUUGAAUUACACCCAAAGGAUAAAGUUUUAUUAAGAGAUGCUGGUAUUGGGAAGAUUUCCAAAUCUGAACCUGGUGUUUCAUUUUUGAGAAGAACUGAAUAUAUCUCUGAAAAGCAAUCAACUCCUAAGGUUAUCAAUGAACCAGUUGCUCCAUUAUUAAAGAAGAAGGAAGGUCAUGAUGCAGAAUCACAGUUAGCAGCAGUGGAAAAGACCUUUGAUGAAGCUCAAGAUAGUUUGGACAACUUUUCGAAAUUGAAACAUCCAAGAAAGAGAAACGCAAAGGCCGUUGCUGCUUGGCCAUUAUUACCAGACACUUCCAUGUUGGACACCAAGUUCUUAAGUAUUAAAUUUACUGGUUCAGCUUCUGUAACAAGAGAAUUAGAGCUUUUUAAAAGACAACAAGGUGCUAAAUAUAAUGAAAACUUCCAAAAGAAAUCUUUGGAAACUGCCAUUUUUAAACCAAUUACCACUGCCGAUGGUGAAUGGAUGUCAUUAUAUCAAGUUAAAGAUGUGGAAAAAGUUGAACAACUUCAAGAUAGAUUAAAUUCCACAGAACGUGAACAACCGGUGAACUUGUUGGAUGAAGAUGAAAAUACUCUGGAGUACAAAUUUAAGCACAUAAAGAAUUAUGAUAUGCAUUUCGAACGAUUCACAAAACCUUAUCAAGAAUUGACUAUUAAAUUCAUUCCUAACGAAAAAGAAACUGGAUCAAAGAAGCGGAAGGCUGCAUACUACUACCCAGUGAAUGGUAGAAUAGAAUUAAAGAAACAUAGAGCAUCGCAAAAUACCGAAAUUAAUAGAUUUUUGAAGGAAAAUACCGCAGACAUCAUCAACUUCAAGUUGAGAGAACCUAAUACCGAUGAGAUGAAACAAAUGGAUAACUUGAGAUCUACAUUCGAUCCUAUGGAAUAUGAAGGUGACGAUGAAGAAAUCGAAGAAGAUGUUGAAGGACAAAAGGAGGAAAGUAAUGAUGAUUAAAUGAAAAUAGAAAAAAAAAGGGAAGCUGGAGAGGAGUACGUAAAUUAAAAUAAUUUCUAAAUCAGAAUACA